AGACAAUAAGCAAGCAUGACAAAUCAAACAGCACUAACAACCUUCAUCUUGCUGGGACUGACAGAUGACCCCCAACUACAAAUUCUGCUUUUUGUUUUUCUAUUUAUUUCUUACAUUUUAAGUGCAACUGGAAACCUAACCAUCAUCACCCUCACUCUGGUAGAUUCACACCUUAAAACACCAAUGUAUCUUUUCCUUCAAAAUUUCUCCUUCUUAGAAAUUUCAUUCACAACGGCGUGUGUUCCCAGAUUCUUGUAUAGUAUAACUUCUGGGGACAAGUCCAUCACCUAUAGUGCUUGUGCGAGUCAACUCUUAUUUAUAGACCUCUUUGCAGUAACAGAAUUCUUCCUCCUGGCCACCAUGUCCUAUGAUCGCUAUGUAGCCAUUUGCAAACCACUCCACUACACAACCAUCAUGAAUACCAAAGUGAGCAAGAACUUCAUCCUCUUCUGCUGGGCAGCAGCGCUGAUAAUCAUUCUCCCUCCAAUUAGCCUAGGUCUGGGCCUCGAAUUCUGUGACUCCAAUGUCAUUGAUCAUUUUUGCUGUGAUGCCUCUCCUAUCCUGAAGAUCUCUUGCUCAGAUACAUGGCUGAUAGAACAGAUGGUUAUUGUGUGUGCUGUGUUGACAUUCAUCAUCACCUUCCUCUGCGUCAUUCUUUCCUACACCUAUAUCAUCAGGACAAUCCUAAGGUUCCCUUCUGCACAACAAAGGAAAAAGGCAUUUUCCACUUGUUCAUCCCACAUGAUUGUGGUUUCCAUUACUUAUGGGAGCUGCAUCUUCAUUUAUGUCAAACCUUCAGCCAAGGAUGAGGUGGCUAUUAAUAAAGGGAUUUCACUCCUCAUUACUUCUAUAUCACCAAUGUUGAAUCCGUUUAUUUACACACUGAGAAACAAGCAAGUGAAGCAAGCUUUCAACAACUCAGUAAAAAAAAAUUGCAUUCCUCUCAAAAAUGUAAAACUCUAA